AUGAACGAAACAUUAGUUAACAAUACUGAAAUUAUUAACAAUGAAGGACUUCAUAUACCAUUCAUCAACUUAGUUGUUGGUAUUAUAUUAUACAUCGUUGUCCUUAUAACGAUAUUCGGGAAUGUGUUGGUGCUCUUGGCAGUCAGAAUGCAGAAGAAUCUUCGAACAACGUUCAACUAUUAUAUCGUGAACCUGGCAAUUACAGACCUCGCCGUCGCGGUUAGCGCAAUGAGCUUCAAAGCCACACAGGCCUUUUAUGGGACAUAUUGGCCAUUCGGAGAGUUUCUGUGUGCGGUCUGGAUUUUCUUUGAUUACGGCAUGACGUUUGUGUCCGUGUUCACGCUGAUCCUAAUAUCCCUUGACAGAUUCUGGUCCGUCACCUGGAGUCAACACUACAGGCAACAUCAUAGCAAGAGGCUUUGCUUGUUUUCAAUCUGGUUCGUCUGGUUGUUUAUGUUGGUGCUGUGGGUACCAGCCUGGCUGACAGACAGACUACGACACAGUAAGGCGGACCAAUGCUACUGGAACCCGGCUCUUAACUUUGAAUUUGUCUUUAUUGUUGCCAUUGUCGGGCACCAUCUGCCGUUCGUCGUCAUGAUAUUUUGCUUCACUCGUGUGUAUUUGUUCAUGAAGAAGAGAGCGAUGAAGAUAUAUAGUGGUCUACCAGCUGUUGUGAUAUCAACGGUCCAGGGCCAGGCCACUGGAAAAGAUGAAAAUAAAGGGACAGCAAAUAUCAUUGAAAAGAGCCAGCAGUCGGAUUCACCAAUUCAGUGUCAAGUCGUCUGCAAGCGUAGGAUUACCGCAAUGAAUACUGUUGUUAAGCGUAAGAUCGUUUCCGGUAGUUUCAAGUUUGUUCAGGAGACCGUCUAUAAAGAGGAGAUAACUCCACGUGGACAGUACUCCCCCUUGUCGGAUGCCUUGCUUUACAUCGAAGUGUUUUGA